GCUGCGGCGGGGACGCGAAGCGGGCCUGAAGCCGGCGAGGCCGAACGAAGCCAGGCUCGUGAAGCAGAGGCGGCCGCCAAGGCCUCGCGCGACGGGAUGGCUUCCGUGAUCACUGAACCUUCCUCCUGUGAUACUUUUGUGGCUCUGCCUCCAGCCACAACUGGCAGCAGGAUCAUCUUUGGAAAAAAUUCAGAUAGGCCCUCAGAUGAAGUCCAGGAGAUUGUGUACUUCCCUGCUGCAAGUCAUGACCCAGGAGAAAAAGUUGAGUGUACUUAUAUAGAAAUUGAACAAGCACCAGAAACUUAUGCCGUUGUUCUGAGUCGCCCCUCCUGGCUCUGGGGUGCUGAAAUGGGGGCCAAUGAGCAUGGAGUCUGCAUUGGGAAUGAAGCAGUGUGGGGGAAGGAGGAAGUCUGUGACGAUGAAGCCCUCCUAGGCAUGGAUCUUGUCAGGCUUGGACUGGAAAGAGCUAAUACCGCAGAAAAAGCUGUUGGUGUCAUUGUUGACUUGCUGGACAAGUAUGGUCAAGGUGGAAACUGUAUGGAGAGUCAUAUGGCAUUUACAUACCAUAAUAGUUUUCUGAUAGCAGACAGAAAGGAAGCGUGGAUACUGGAAACCUCUGGAAAGUAUUGGGCUGCAGAGAAAGUAGAAGAAGGAGUACGGAAUAUUUCCAAUCAGCUAUCAAUAACAACCAAGAUUGAGCGUGAGCAUCCAGAAAUAAGGAAUUAUGCUAUAAGCAAAGGCUGGUGGGAUGGAAAAAAAGAAUUUGAUUUUGCUGCAACCUUUUCAUAUGUGAAUACUGCCAGGAUGACUACUACCAGAGGCAGAUACUGUGAAGGCUAUAAACUGCUGAAGAAACACGAAGGCACAAUAACAGCUGAGACAAUGAUGGCAAUCCUUCGGGAUAAGGAGAGCGGCAUUAAUAUGGAAGGAGGCUUUAUGACCACUGGUAGCAUGGUUUCCAUACUUCCUCAGGAAACCAGCCUCCCUUGCAUCCAUUUCUUCACUGGAACUCCAGACCCUGACAGGUCUGUCUUUAAACCUUUCAUUUUUGUGCCAAAUAUUACGCAGUUGCUAAAAACCAGCUCCCCAGUGUUUGGUCCCGAGGAUACAGUUAAAAAGCAACCACGAUUUCAGACAAAGCCAGACAGAAGACACGAACUCUACAGAAAACAUGAAAGUGCAGCUCUUGUGAUGGAGUCUUCUAAGGAAAAGGGGGACAUGAUAUUGGAACGGAUCCGAAAGUUGGAGAAAGAGAAGAUUAAGGAAAUGGAGCAUAUUCUACAGAACGGGAGCCUUGAUACUGAUCAAGCAGUUAAUCUUUUCUCAAACUGCACAGAUGAUGAAAUCCAGGCAUAUGCGUAAGAUAAUACUGGGCCUUGAUGACAGUCACUUGAUAAUGCUGAAACAUCCAUCCAUCCUGUGUCUUGGUGACAGAUGCUAAUGAAACACCUGUCUAUUGGAAAUGAGUAUUUCCCCCCUCCCUUUAAGGACUGGUGCAGCAGCCAGGAACCCAGUGCAACUUGCCAGAGCACAUUGACAGAGCGAGUACUUUCAACAUAAUUUUCUUCAAGUUCAUAAUAAGCAAAGGAACAAAGAGGGUCCCCUCCCCCCCUUCCUGGCAAACUCUUUUUAUCCCAAUCUUCUUAGGCAUGCUAACUGGGUUCAGUGAGAUGUUGUCUCAGUCAAGUGAAUGUAAGAUUGGAGGUGUGAUGUCAGAGUCAAUAUUACCUGACCAAAAUUAAAUACAGCGCAAAAGAAUUGUAGCUCCACAUAGAGUCUUCCAGGUUCUUGGUUGAACAACCACCACAAACAGCUGGAUAAAUUCUGGGGGAAGACAAGAAGAACAAAUAUUUUUAAAGCUUCACUUCUAUGUGUGUGAAUUUUGUUAUUUUUAUUGCAAUCCACUUUAGGGCUUGGAACGAGGUGGAUUGUACAUCUGUUUAACAUAAGGCUUUUCCAAUGGAAAGCUACUAGUCAUUUGUCUCUGUACUAAUAUAUUAAAGCCAUGGGUUGUAUGCAUUCAAAGUAGCACUAAGGGGGAACAGUCCAUCAGCACAAUGGAUUUGUCUCUAAGCAAGAGAAUGUUCUCCCUUCCCACCCCAAUGCACCCUCUUAAAUCUGUUCUGGGGGUUCCCACUACCUUAUGAAGCAGAUUUGGAUUUGGUGGGGCACACAGGGGAAGCCCCAAUGUCCAAACACAACUCAUUCGACUUACAAAACUAUGUGGUCGAGUACCACACCCCAAGAAUUUAAUGAAAUGUUUAUUUCACUAAAUACACAGCUGAUGGAACAACCAGCCCAUCUCUUUAUCACUCCAAUGCUGUCUGCUGUUAUACCUACACUUGAAAGCAUGACAGGAAAGCACGACUACAGGUGUGGUAGCCUAUUUCAGAGGUAGACAACAGGGUGUCCUUCAGAGGUUGUUAAGACUCAACUCCCAUUGGACCCAGUCAGCAAGAUUAGGGAAAAUGUAGCCCAGAACAUGUGAAAGACGCCAUGCCAGCUACUCUUUGUGCAAUACCUCUUCAUUACACCUCAACAGAUGGCUUAUCACUAUUUAAUGAAGGUCACUUCAGACAUCAUUCCAUGCAAGGGGUUUAUGCAAUGUUCUUAUAUUAACACAACUAAGGAAGAGGAGAUAGGAAACUGACGAUAUCACAGACCACUGGUCCACCUACUGUUAACUCUUAACGCUGUGCAUUGCUGAGGACCUCUAGAAUUUCGGUGCAAAUGCAAGCAACCUACUUGACAUGAAUGUUGUGAAGAUAAGAUUGGGGGUGGAGGAGAAUGAUGCAGUGAGCUCUGCAGAGGAAAGAUGGGAUAUAAAUGCAGCAAAUAAAAAAUGCUGCAUAAAUUAUAAUGGCAUUGAAAGUUUCCCCUGCCUGCACUAACUUCCCUAAACAUUGGUGUGAAUCAAUGAACUAAAACAGUUAUCAGAAGAGGUGAAAAAAAUAAUGCAAUUUACAGCAAAGAGGCCCACAAUGAGAAGCAAGCACAGCAGCACAUGUCUAGCCAGCUGCUUGUCUCCAGUUUGCAGAAGCUGCUCUUCCUGGACCAAGGCACAGCUCUGAGAACUGCAUGGACUUAAGCACCGAUUCGCUGAAAAACAUUAAAGUAAAUAUGUUAAGUUUUUCAUUUUGCCCAAUUGAUAUGUAAAUACUGCAUUGAUUACUAUCAUAUUGUUAAAGCAAAAGCAUUUCCCCCCCACUAGAAAACACUAAUCAGAAAAAUAAACUGUAUGUCCUUUCUUUU